AAUAAUUAUAACCUCCUAGCUCCCGGAUAGGAGCUCACGUCGUGAAAGCCGCCCGGUUUUCUCUCGCCUCCGACUUUCCUCGGCAGUGGGAGUACUGAGGCUACUCUGGCGUCCCCUGCUCAGGAGGAGAGAGGGGACCCCAAUCCAGGCCCAGCUUAUCCCCGACCCUGGAAGGGGAGCACGCCCCGCAGCCUUCCCGGAGGCAGCCCCGAGCUCGGGUGCGAGGAUCAGCCCCGGGUGCAAGAUGGUUUCAGACGGAAAACGCAACAGCAAACAGAGAACCUUCGAAGCACCCCGGAGGCCUGUGAACACGGCACACGCGGUGCAUUUAUUUGGGUUGUAAUAGAGUGCGCCAAGCCCACAAAAUGUUUACAACCUGCUUCUCCUCUCUGUACACGCUGUAAAACCGGGGACUGGACUUAGGCUGACGUCUCUCCCGGGUGUUUCUCUCUCUCUCCCUCUCCUCCCUUCUCUGUUUAUAUACACACGUUGGUGUUACAGACACACGCCUUCAUUGUAUUUCCUUAUAUAAUACACAAUAUUUCACAGCAUCCGAUUGUAAGAAGGGUUUUAUAGCUUCCCCGAGAGCCGCCGGUGGCCGUGUAUCCAAGCCGCAGAUACAAAGCUCGAUUUGUGUCACUACAAGUGAACGGCAAAGGAGCAGAUCGGUAGCGACCUCUUCUCUCUCCCCACCGAUCGCGCAGGCCCCAGGUAGGUGCUGGCCGGCCCGGGAUCUCAGAGGACCGCCACGAGCGGCCUCUCCUGCCCUUGGCCGGCCAGUGGCUGGGAGGCGGUUCUCCAUGCUCGGCUGCCUGGGAGCGGCUUCCCUGUGAGCCGCCCAGCCCGGACCCCGCGACAGCCCGAGCUCCUUCGCACUCGUCAGGGAUGGGUCUGUGCCCGCAGCGACCGGGGACCGCUCAGUGGAUGGAGAACCGACGCGCGGCUCGCGCGAGGGGCGCGGUGGGAACGUUUAGAGAAGCAAAUCGCCAGCCGCCCCGCUCCCAGCAGGUUCCAUUCGCUGCCCUAGAGCCGAGUUUAAAGAUUGAGGACUAUUUACUAACAAAAAGCAGAGGACGCAUUCCGCUCGGGUAGGUAGGAACCCAGCUCCAGGAAAGCGGUGGAAAAUGUCUACCUAAAGAUUACUGGCCUGAUUAAAACCCCGCCUACACUUGCCUGCUCCAGGCCGAGCGUCAACCAGUAUUUCUGUGUAUGUUGUCACACAUAACACACUGCAUUUGUGUCAUUUCAGCCAACUAAGAAGGAAACCAAUGGCUCGAAAACACGCCAUUAAAGAGACCUUAUUGAAAGCCUAACUUUGGCCUUUUCGUUUUAAAAACCCUGCCACAGAAGGCAGGAGAGAGACAAGCAGCGCAGAAACGAAAGGGAGGUCUCGGCACCCGCGGGAGUCGGCCCAGCUGGCUGACUUGGGCCCGGUGAGGCCGAGGUCUUGCCGGCAGUAUCUGGAUCAUCCUUGGCCCAGGCAGAGGGGCAGCGCGUCCUGCCAGGGCCGCUUGGACCUGCGCCGGACAAAACCCGGGCAGAGAUGAGCCUGUGACACGGGUUGCCAGCCCUCUUGGCCUGGACUGCGUUCCUUCCUGCACUCCUCGAAAUCGCUCCUCACUCGGUCUGUCGGGUCGCCUCGCUGACGGCAGGUCCUACUUUAAACGCCAUUGCUGUCGGCCGCUCCAGCCACCAGAGUCUAGACAGACGGCGGCGGCGGGGCUCGGUUCUUUCUCUUUGCAUCUUGCUCUGUGUCACCCGAGGAACAAUUUAUUGGUCUAAAGCCGUCUAAUUCCGCCUCUUUGAUCUCCUAGCCUACCUCUUGUUUGUGGGUCUUCCUUUAACUUUCUUAGAUUUUUAUUUCCUGCCAGAAAGCGAUACUGUUGGAAUAUUUGGCUUUUUCUUCCCUACUCGGCUUGCCCCCAACAUUCUCCAACCCAGACACGCUAUCAUCCUGAUCCGCCAUAAAAGGCAUCCCCGGAUAUUGCACCUCCCCCACGGCCCCUGUACUCCCAGGGGAAACCACCGUGGCCCCACCUGCCGGGACAGCCCCAGCCUUCCCACCCACGCCCCAGGGCGGUCCACUAGGCGAGAGCUGGGCUGCGGUGCAUCCGGGUCUAACCCUCACGCCGCUUUUGUGCUCCUGGGACCCCUGAGAGGGUGCGGUCUACGGGAUGGCCUGGACCCUCUGAAAGUGAUGAGGAGCGCUUUGUACACGAGGAAACAAACUCUAUAAUUUAGAGGAGAAUUUCCGGGGCAAUUCCAUUGUGAGGUCGGGUUUAUGGUGUGCAAUCGAGCUGAGCAGUAAAAGGCGUACUGACCUGGCGGCUGGGCUUCCAGCGCGGCCUGGGCAGUUUAUGAGGCGCUUAGAGGAAGGAUUCGCCCCACCAGCCUCCACGGAGCGGGGGCGGCAGGGGCUUCGGCUGUUCCAACCCUGCGCAGGGUUUGGAGGCUUGAGAAGGGCGGAUAAACAGUGCGCCGCUGAUUAAGGAAAGGAAGCUGGGAGACCUUGACUUUAUUCGAACCACAUGGUUCCAGUUUGCGGUGGCAUUCUCUCUGCAGCUGGAAGCGACGCUGCGCCUGCCCCAUCUGGAUUGGAGUCUAAGCUGCCGCGGGCCCCGCCGAGCGAGACCACCUGUGAGGGCUGCUGAGAUUGGUGGAGGCGGUCAUGUGGGCGGUCACGUGUUGCGGCGAGCUCGGUCCAAAAGAAAAUGGGGUUUGGUGUAAAUCUGGGGGUGUAAUGUUAUCAUAUAUCACGCUACCUCGUAAAACCGACACUGAAAGCUGCCGGACAACAAAUCACAGGUCAAAAUUAUGAGUUCUUCGUAUUAUGUGAACGCGCUUUUUAGCAAAUAUACGGCGGGGGCUUCUCUGUUCCAAAAUGCCGAGCCGACUUCUUGCUCCUUUGCGCCCAACUCGCAGAGAAGCGGCUACGGGGCGGGAGCCGGCGCCUUCGCUUCGACCGUACCGGGCUUGUACAAUGUCAACAGCCCCCUCUAUCAGAGCCCCUUCGCGUCCGGCUACGGCCUGGGCGCCGACGCCUACGGCAACCUGCCCUGCGCCUCCUACGACCAAAACAUCCCCGGGCUCUGCAGUGACCUCGCCAAAGGCGCCUGCGACAAGGCGGACGAAGGCGCGCUGCACGGUGCGGCCGAGGCCAAUUUCCGCAUCUAUCCCUGGAUGCGGUCUUCAGGGCCCGACAGGAAGCGGGGCCGCCAGACCUACACGCGCUACCAGACGCUGGAGCUGGAGAAGGAGUUCCAUUUCAAUCGCUACCUGACGCGGCGCCGCCGCAUCGAGAUCGCCCACGCGCUCUGCCUCACCGAGCGCCAGAUCAAGAUCUGGUUCCAGAACCGCCGCAUGAAGUGGAAGAAAGAGCAUAAGGACGAGGGUCCGGCCGCUGCCGCAGCCCCCGAGGGCGCCGUGCCUACCGCCGCCGCCACCACCGCCGCCGACAAGGCGGACGACGAGGAGGACGACGACGAAGACGACGACGACGAUGAGGAGGAGGAGGAAUAAGUGGCCGAGCCGGGGCCCUGCCUGCACCACACAGUCGGGAAAGCGUCUUUAGAGACUCGCUGAUUUUAUUUACAAAAGUAGAAAAAAUAAAAAAAUGUAAAAAAAAAAAAAA